AGGUUCACCAAUGAAGAUCACCUCGCUGUUCACAAGCACAAGCAUGAGAUGACACUCAAGUUUGGACCUGCCAGAACGGACUCAGUCAUCAUUGCAGACCAGACUCCCACUCCGACUCGGUUCCUGAAAAAUUGCGAGGAGGUGGGGCUCUUUAAUGAGUUAGCCAGUUCCUUUGAACAAGAGUUCCCCAAAACCCAGGAAGAUGACGACAGCAAGAGAGCUAAGAACCCUCUACCUCCUGCCCAUCCUGCUGCCCUGGACAUGAGCCUACAGACACCAUCUGAGGUGAAGGUGAAGCAAGAGGGGCCUGUUGAGGUGGAUUCCUCUUCUCCCGGGAGCCCUGACUCGGCCUCCAGCAUGUCUGACAGUGACGGGAAUCCCACGGGAAGGCUAGACGGUGAUAAAAACACUGGAGAAGUCAAAGAAGAGAUUCCGCAUGAUGUUGCUCGACUUGUCCAGGAGAGUAACCCAAAGUCAGCAGUGAGUUCAGCCCCUACCCCUACCAUCGUUCGGCCCGGCUCGCUGCCGCUCCACAUGGGUUAUGAUGCCAUACACUCUACUAUGCCCUCACCAACCUCAGUCAUCACACAGGCUCCUCCCUCCAACCGCCAGCUGGGUUCCCCUACAGCGCAGUACCCAAUGAUGAUGCAUCUUCCCAAUGGCCAAGCGGUACCAGUGCUUCCUGGCCCAGUGCAGAUGCCCUCUGUCAUAUCGUUGGCUCGGCCGGUGUGCAUGGUGCCCAACAUCCCCGGUAUCCCUGGCCCCACACUGGGAGGCACCAGCAGCGGCUCCUCGUCCCCCUCUGGAUACAACCACCAUUCAGAGGCCAAAAUGAGGCUGAAGGCGGCCCUGUCUCAGACUCCUGGAGGCCAGCACGGUGCCGGUAUGGCUAUGGGCUCCAGUCCCAUGGGGCCUCAGAGGCCGGAGCAGGGCCAGCUGCUGGUGCAGCAACCCGACGCACCUUCUCCAGCGCAGCCACAGGUGUCUCCAGCCCAGCCCACUGGCAGUCGGCGGCGGAGGACAGCAGAAGACGAUCCAGACGAGAGGAGGCAGCGUUUUCUGGAGCGUAACCGGGCCGCAGCAUCGCGCUGCCGCCAAAAACGCAAGUUGUGGGUCAACUCCCUUGAGAAGAAGGCUGAGGAAUUAAGCACCAUGAAUGUCUCUCUUUCGAAUGAGGUGUCCCUGCUGCGGAAUGAGGUUGCCCACCUUAAGCAGCUACUGCUGGCCCACAAGGAUUGCCCUGUCACCAACCUGCAGAAGAAGGGCGCCUACCUGGGAGAAGAGAGCCUGAAGGAUUCAUCCGAGCCCACAGGUUCCCCAGCUCAGGUUAUUCAGCAUAGUUCCCUAGCGCCCAGUCCUCCCAGCUCAGGGCCCAAUGGCCUGAGCGCACGUGCUGCAGCUGAGGCAGUGGCCAUGUCCGUGCUGGCUGGCAUGGGGGGCCAGCAGGGCGGCAGCACCGGGGGCCCCUCCCACAUCAUUAUGUCCUCGCAGUCUCAGCCUGCCGCUAGAUGAUGAGCACAGCAGCGGCCGCAACACUGGGGUUACCUAGAACUGGACCGGCAUCAACAAAGGAGUGAGUCUUUGACCCCUGGCUAUAUCCUCUUGUCCCUCCCACCUUCUUCUUGGUGUCCACCCACCCAGUGGUGCAUGGCACUGGGCCGGAGCUCUGCAACAGCCUGAGGAUGAACUGAAACAAAUGGAGUUCUUCCUAUUCUCGAUGCCAUGGACUAUGGGGAGAGCUUGUCACUCCUGGAUACCUCCCCAAACAUUUCAUAACUCCACCCUAACCUCAUUUGGCUUUACGACUGCAUAACUUGUUCUGUGUGCAUUCUCGGCUGACUCUACAAGUGGACGUUUGGUGAUGCUUACCAUACACAUACACGCUCACGCUCACGUUCUGUGGCCCAGUAGUUCGAUACAUACAGGUCAUUUUCCAGGUUUUUUCAAUCGCUACUCUUUACCAGAUGAAGGCCAAGCCUUGCUCUGCUGUACAUCUUAUGUUUAACGUAGUAUCUGUCUUUUCACACACUGAAUGUUGUUUGAGAAGAGGAUCUUUGUGUUUUUAUUGCGGAAAAGUAACUUAAUUUUCUGGCCAGUUUGAAAUAAGACUUGAAGAUGCUCAACCGAUAGUAGGCCAUAAUUAUGGACUAGUUCUAUAAUGUUGUUAGCUAACCUCUACCAAUUUGUAAGAUCUACAUCAACCUGUGUACACCUACAUGUAGGAGUAUGUGUAUGUGUGAGCUUAUAUGUUGUGUAUGGGCAAUUGCACACUUAAAUGUAUAUCAAUAUUUAGCCUAAAGUCUUCAAUACACUAAUCUGGUUUUGUUGGCAUGCCUGUUUUACUCACAGAUUAGUCCGGUUUUUGGUCAUUUUAUUUUUUUAGUUGCAUUCUGUCCAACCUGGAUUCCAGGAAACCUUUAAUUAUUUUGGGCUUCCGCCUCAGCUGACUGCAUCUGCUAAUAGUGCUGGUUUGGGAUGAGUUCAGUUCCUUGUUUGAUGACCUGGUGCAGAGUGCCUUCCCUGGGACUGUUCGAUCCCAUGCUUUUUGGCUUGUUCCCAACUCCCUGAUUUGUAAUGUUUUGGGGGGUCUUCACUUGUGCAAUGGUGUCUCGUGUUGCUCUGAGCUGCUGACUAAGUUAUUUUGUUCUGCAGCAUUUUGCUUGUUGCCUCCUAAUCCUGCCAUCCUCUCCUGGGUCCCUCAGCAUUAGGUUCUCCCACACAAAAGCUCUGUUGCCAUUAAUGGUUUAAUUCACGUGAUUGAUUUCAGAAAUUAUUGAAAAUGCUAAUUGACUGCAUGAUUCCAAUCCUUUUUUCCAUAUUCAGAUUUUUUUUUCUAGGGUUGUAACGGUACAUAGAAUUCUCAGUUCGAUACAAACUUUGGUUUUGUGCUCACAUGGUUCAGUGCAAUUUCAGUACAGCAGGGAAAACAGAACUGCUUUUGAAAUGGUUUAUUAUUAAAACUGCAAACACAAUUAGGAACAGUUUGUUACCCAAACAAAAGGCAAUGGGUCUGUCAAUUUGUCUAAAUAACAAAACCUGAGAGAGGCUUAUUUGCACAUUGUAAAAAUAAACAGUAAUAAAAAUAGAAUUGAAAUAAGACGGAAUCAUAACAAUCAUGAUGAACUAAUUCCUGUGUAAACUGCAUUCUCUAUUAUUGAGUAUGACAUAUCUGUAUCGAUAAACACCUCAACAGCCUUACAAUUUCUUUAGCGUGAAUUUCCUGGCAAAAAUGUCUUAAGUGCCACAGGGAGACUAACUUGCUGAGUCUGUUCUGUUUCGUUCCGACACACUCUGAUGUCUCAAAUGAGUUACCACAUUAGAUGCGUUUCCAGCAACAUAUCCAAGUUUGAUAUAACAGAGCUGUCUUAUCAACUCUCUCUCCAGUGUUAGUGUAAUUUAUUGGGAAAAAUGUUCCCAAACUACUGAUUGACCGUGGGGGGGUCUUUCUGCCCCCCCUUUGCCAUUAUGACUGACUGUAACCAGCACUAGCUGUAAUCAACUCACAGCCACAGUUAGCAUAAUGUUUUCAGUGUUGAACAUCUAUUUGUAAAUUUAGGCUCUGUUCAUAUAAAUAAUGCAUUCAUUUGUUCAAUUUUGCAUCUCUGGCCAAAAAUGAUAUUACCUGGCGGCACACGAUGAAUACAUGCACCGUUACAGCCCUGUUCUCUGUUAACACGCUUGCAGCUCGUGGUUCUUCCUCAGCUGCACUUACACUUUUCUAUACAAAAGAGGAAGAAGGAAAAAAUAAGAAGCGCAAUUUGCCUUAAAUAUCACACUUGUGCCUCCCACCUUUCCAGGAUAAGCUGAUGGCAAGACAGAUGACAAAUGGAUGGACAAGAUUUUAUUCUCCUUGGUUGCUCACUGUGUGAAGAACCUUUAGUUGUGGGGGGAAAAAGUAAAAAAACAACAACAUAUAUUUGUAUACUCUGGUAUUUUGUAAAUAUCUUUGGAUAAAAAAUGUGCAAACCUUUCAGUCUAAUGUCAGCAUGCAGUCGCAGUGUCUUUGUGCAUCCACUGAAAUGUCUUUCCUGCCAACGUAUUUUAAGUUUAUGUGAAUUGGUCCAUCUCUCUGAGAUACUGCAGCAAAAUUGAUCUGAAACACAUGCAUUUGAAACAAAAAAACUAAGGGUUACUUUUUACUGUUUAUUACUGUACAUGUAACAUAUUGCAGUAUAUACAUAUAUAACUUAACAUGUCACCUUUAACAUUUUGUAUGCAGUGCUUAAUGUUGCAAGCAUAAAAUAUUAAGAAUAAUGUAGAAUAUCCAGAAAACAAUAUGCAAAUUUCAAUAACACCAUUCUGGCUUGACAUUUAUCUCAUUUUUGACAGAAAUAAUGAGAAAUAAAAAUGAUAAAUGCUUCCAUAAGAGGAUCUUAUGUGCAUCGUAUCACACCUUGAGUAUGUAAAUGUAUGCAUAAAGAUUGUUGACUACUUUAAUGAUUUCCAAGCAUCUUCCAAGUGGCUGGUCCCACAGCCUCUGUGGUGCAUACAGCUUCCCGUGUGAGCUUUGAGCUUUGAACUAGUGUCAAACCUGGGUGGGUAGUCCCUGUUAGACAAAUUAUAUACAAUUUCAAAAUGAAACUUCAUUUAGCUUUCAUUUUAUUAAUUGUCAUUGGCACUUUUUUUUUUAUUACAUUCAUUGCGUGCUCUUGUCAGGAUUUUCCUGAUAUCUGCUAUGAUUAAAGCUUUUUUUUUUAUUAGUUCUAAUGAAAUAUAGAAAUGCUUCUUUUAAGAUUUUUUUUUCCACUAUUUUAAUUUUUUGUUGAUUUGAUGUAUUCUGACAUAACAGCUCUUUUUGUAUUUUUUAUAGGAAAAUAAUUAUACCUGGACAAAUUUGUUUGACCCUCUAUGAUGCCCUAGCAGCAGAAACUGGUCUGUCUCCUUUCAAAACAUCAUUCAAACCGCUUAAUUUAUUAUGGAGUAUGAUUCAGGGGAGAAUGAGAGUGGGAGUUUUUUUCUGUAAUGUAUUAGCAGUAACAAAUAAAUAGUAUAACCUUAUGUGUAUAUAUAUAAAAUAUAUAUAUAAUAUAUAUACCAUUUAAACUCGAACUAAUUCUGUGAAAAGAAUUCAUUAAGAAAAAAAGGCCAUUUUAAAAGGAGUUGCUGUUAGUGUAUAAAUCUAUUUUCUGUAAAGUUGCACCUCAAAAUGUUAUUCUGGCAAUUUUAGACAUUUUCAAUGUAUUGUACAUAUGUGUACUAUAUAUACUUUUUCAUGCAUGUUAAAGUGAAUUAUAAACAUUUACUGUGCUGCAGUUUUAAUUAAAGAAAAUGGAAAAAAAAAC